GCGGCCGCAGGAGCCACGACAUUAAUUUUAGCCUGGAGCAGGGCCAGGGGUGCAGGGCAGCUGCUGCGGGCGGUGGGGGGGCAGUGCCUCCCACCCUGCCCUGGCCAGGGCCUCCCCCGGCACAGCCCCAGCUCCCUGCGGAGGCUCCGGAGCAGAGCGGGCAGGGGACACCAUGGCAGAGGAACGGACCGAGCUGGAGGAGCGGAUCAUCAUCAAGGACCAGCACACCAAGGAGAUCGACCUGGUGAACAGAGACCCCAAGCACAUCAACGAGGACGUGGUGAAGGUGGAUUUUGAGGAUGUGAUAGCUGAGCCUGUGGGAACAUACAGCUUCGACGGCGUCUGGAAAGCCAGCUACACCACCUUCACCGUCAGCAAGUACUGGUGCUACCGGCUGCUCUCUGCCGUCCUGGGAAUCCCCCUGGCCGUCGUCUGGGGCUUCCUCUUUGCCCUCAUCUCCUUCUGCCACAUCUGGGCAGUGGUGCCCUGCAUCAAGAGCUACCUGAUAGAGAUCCAGUGCGUCAGCCGGAUCUACUCCCUCUGCAUCCACACCUUCUGUGACCCGUUCUUUGAGGCGCUCUCCAAGAUCUGCAGCAACGUCCGAGUUGCUCUCCGGAAGGAGAUUUAGGUCCCGACAGCUGCCCCAACAGCCCUCGCACGACCUUCCCCUGCAGGCUUCCUGCCCUCGGGCACAGGGGCACCCGUGCCUGGUGAGGACCUGCACACACGGACACCUGUGCACGUGGAUACCCCUGCCCAAGGACCUGCACGUGGACACCCAUGACAAGGGAACUGUGCCUCGCAGCAGGGCCCCACGGCAGAGCUGGCUCUCAGGGAUGCUCCCUGCAGAUGGAGGCAGGCCAAGCUGUCUCUUACUCCAUCCCAAAGCCAGCAGCUUAAGGAGAAGAGAAGCCCAUCAAGGCUCAGGGAGCAGCCCAGGGAGAUCCCUCUGCCCUCCAGGACCCCACGGCAUCACACCCUGGUCCCACAGGAGGGAUGGCAGCACCUCCUGCACCACAGCCCUGGGCCACAGCCUGCAGCUGCAGGAUGAACAGUGCCUGCUCCUGCACCCCCCAGGCCGGGAUGGCACUGCCAAACCCUCACACGGGAGUUCUUAUUUGCUGCAAACAGUUGCUGUUGUGGGAGCUUCUGUGUUAAACUGUCACACCGAAGUUUUAGGGAUAGAACAGCUAAAACAAACCUUUUUUCGUGUGUGUUUGCAUGUCAGCCAAGCUCUGAGACCUGGAUCAGUCAGUGUGUGACACGUGCCUGCUCUGGGAGCCUGAGCUGAGCCUGGGCCUGCACCAGCUGCAAACCCACCUGCGGCACUUUGAUGCUCAAUUAUGUACUUAAUUAUGGAGCAUCAUUAAGUGCUGUGGGCAGGAUCCGGGGCAGGACAGUGCAGGUGGAACACAGCCCUGUUGACCCCCCAAGCCAGUGCUGCCAGGAGGACAGUGGGCAGUGCCAGGGCAGCGGAACAUGGCUUUUGGGAACUUCACUUGAGAGACACCAAGCUGGGCUCUAAGCAAAGCUUUGGCUUGUUCCUCAGGGAGAAUCUUUACUACACACCCUCAGCCAGUGUCAGGGAAGCUCCAGCCACAGCAGUGUGUGUAUCCCACAUGGUCAGGGCUGUCUCUCUGCUCUGUGCCCUGGGAUGGAGCCAUGGAGGCUGCAGGGGGCAGGACCACGCCAAGCUCUGGGCUCUGCCCGGCAGGAGGGGAUCACAUCUGGACAGCCCCUUCCCUCAGCAUCCCACAGGGAUCACAUCCAGCCAGCCCCUUCCCUCAGCAUCCCACAGGGAUCACAUCCAGCCAGCCCCUUCCCUCAGCAUCCCACAGGGAUCACAUCCAGCCAGCCCCUUCCCUCAGCAUCCCACGGGGUCACCCUGAUGUGUGGGGUGAGCAGAGAAAGGAUCCUUCACCCAGACAUGGCCACUCUGGAUCCAGGGAAAUGGGGAUGAGGGGGAAAAGGUCCAAUUCAGAGCUAUUUCCUCCCUUGUGCUGUCAAUUAAUUUGUCAGUCGCUCUUCCAGAGGGACAGUGGACAGAGCCACACUUUCAAUUUGAGGCCCUUGAACAUUCUUUUGGCUCUGGUCUUAAGUGCUUUGUUGAACCAGGGCCCAGGAGGUCUCAUUGUUCAGAGGCUGUUCUCAGUUGUAUCUAUGUGCUCUUUUCCUUGGCUUCCAACAAAGAGUUGGAGCCAAAGACUCCCCUAGUGCCAUGCCAAGGACAAGAAGGAGCCAGGUUCUCUACUGGACCUCUUCCAAGGGCUUGGGAUUGUGCACUGCCAUUAUUUCAUAGCAAUAUGGCACCCAUGCUCCAGUAACACCCAGGGCUGAGAUGGAUGGAGUGAUUCAGAAAGAAAAAAGAUAUUUAGGUAUUUGUAGGGGGAAAAAAGUCUCCAAAACCACUUUACCUUGAGCAUUUUUAGAAGCUUUUCUGUGGGAAUAAAAUUAAUCCAAAUCAAUUAUA